UGCGACACUCAGAUGUCCGAGCUUACGGUUCGGUCCGUGGAGGCAGCACGAGUUCCCAGAGUGACGUCACGCUGGGGCUGGGCUGGGAAAGGGAAGCUCUGCUGGAAAACACAGCAUGUAACCGGGGUUAAAGACACGCUGCACCCAGCCACGACACCAGGUCACCGGCAGAGAACAAUUCCCUUCCAUCACAUUGGGACUUUAUGGGGUGGUGGGGAAGGCCUAGUCCCCCACCUUGAUCAGGCCAGACAACCCUCCCUCCAGAACCCUGCCAAUGGACAAACCAGGAGCCAUGAGUACACCAGGAAAGGCCAGCGGGCUCAAACCCCCGAGCAAAAUAGUCCGUCCAUCUGGGGUGCCCACAAAGACUUCUCCGUCCUCCGGCGCUCCAAAACCAGUUCCUCCAGAGAAGUCCCCCGGCAGAGAGUCCUCCCCGACCCAGGAUGGAGGCGUGGACUUCCAGGUCGGCGAGAAGGUCUGGGUCAACGGCAACAAGGCCGGCCAGGUGCAGUUCAUCGGGGGCACGCAGUUCGCUCCGGGUCAGUGGGCCGGCAUCGUGCUGGACGAGCCCAUCGGGAAGAACGACGGGUCCGUGGCCGGGGUCCGGUACUUCCAGUGUGAGGACGGGAAGGGGAUUUUCACUCGGCCUUCAAAGCUUUCCAAGACCGCACUGCCAGAGACGGAGGCAAACGGGGGGCAGGCCAGUCCAGCACCGGCAGCCUCUGUGACCAGCGAGCCUGCACCUGCUGGCUCCACCUCAACUGCUCAGGGCAGCGGCAUAAAGACGAGUGCUGCACUAAACCGAAUGCUCACAUCCAGCGAGUCGGUGUCUAACGUGUCAGAUACAGAGUCCAUGAAGAAGAGGAGGGAGCUGAGGCUGGGAGACCGUGUGCUGGUCGGCGGUAACAAGGCAGGAGUAGUUCGGUUUCUGGGAGAGACGGACUUUGCAAAGGGCGGGUGGUGUGGAGUGGAACUGGAUGAACCACUUGGCAAGAAUGAUGGAGCCGUGGCAGGGACCAGAUACUUCCAGUGCAUGUCCAGGUACGGUCUGUUCGCUCCGGCCCACAAGGUGACGAGGAUCGGCUUCCCGUGCACCACGCCGGCCAAGGUGAAGAGCUCUCGGAGGAUGUCCAGCCUCAAGAGGAGCCCCAGUGCUUCCUCCAUCAGCUCCCUCAGCUCCGCCACCUCCUCCAUCAGCGGCAAACCCAGCCGAGCAGGACUGCUGACGGAGACAUCUGCUCGCUACGCCCGCAAGAUCUCCGGCACCACAGCGCUGCAGGAGGCCCUGAAGGAGAAGCAGCAGCACAUCGAGCAGCUGCUGGCGGAGCGAGACCUGGAGAGGUGCGAGGUGGCGAAGGCUACGAGCCACGCGGGGGAGGUGCAGCAGGAGAUGGUGCUGCUGAGGAAAGGACGCGAUCAGUACGCAGUGGACAUGGAGGCAAAGUUGGAUCAGCUGCGUUCGCUGGUGGAGGCAGCAGAUCGAGACAAAGUGGAGCUGCUCAACCAGCUGGAGGAGGAGAAACGGAAAGUGGAAGAUCUGCAGUUUAGUGUGGAGGAGGCCUGCAUCACCAGAGGAGACCUGGAGACGCAGACCAGACUGGAGCAUGCCCACAUAAAGGAGCUUGAGCAGAGCCUGCUCUUUGAAAAGACCAAAGCUGAAAAACUCCAGAGGGAUUUAGAGGACACUAGGGUGGCCACGGUGUCUGAGCGCUCCAGGAUCAUGGAGCUGGAGAGGGAGGUGGCCGACCUCCAGCUCCGGCUCCGGGCGUCCCAACAGAAGGAGGACGCAGCGUCCCUGUCCCAGCAGCAGAUCAGCAGCCUCAAGGCCCAGGCUCAGUCUCAGGAGAAGAAGAUCAGCGAGCUGAGUGUCGACCUGGAGAGCAAACAGAAAGAGCUUCAGUCCGUGACGCAAGAUAAGAGCUCGCUGGAGCAGCAGCUAACCAGCCUGAGACAAACGCUCGAGACAGCUGAGGAGGAGAGAAGGAGGACAGGGAAGACCAUGAUAGAGCUGGAGCAGAGUGUUGAACAGUCAAAGAAAGAAGUCCAGACGCUGAAAGAGGAGAGUCAGAGCAGAGAGAAGGAGCUGCUGCAGGCAACUGAAAAGUCAGAGAGGACGGACCUCACGCUCGAGAAGCUGACCGAUGAGAAUAAGACACUGGAGACACAGCUUGAGGCUCUAAAACAGCAGAACUCUAAAUACCAGGAGGAGCUCAGUCUGUCCAAGGAGCGGAGCAGCUCAGAGAACCAGAGAAUCGGAGUCCUCUGCAAGGAAAUAGAGGAGCUGAAGCUGGCCUCCCAGAAGUCUCAGCAGCAUGAUGAGCACAACGAGGAACGCAACAGUCAACAGACAGACAUGAAGACCAGAGAAACCAUCUCCAAUCAGGGUUUGGAGGGCGACAGGUCAGACAAAGACCAGGAGCUGGAGACUCUGAGGAACGAGAUCGCCGUGCUGCGAGGAGAGAACGCCAUGGCCAAGACGCUGCAGGCCGCCGUGGAGACGCUGGAGGGAGACAAAGCUCAGCUGAGGAGCCGCGUUCACAGUCUGGAGCAGAGGCUCAUGGGAAAGCAGGUGUCGGAGGGAGAGGACAUAGAGGCUCCACCCACAGGAGAUGCAGCUCUGGAGCAGCUGAGAGAAGAGAAGGAGUUCGCUGAGGGUCAGAUCAACUUCCUGAACAGCGUGAUCGUGGAUCUGCAGCGGAAGAACGAGGAGCUGAAGAUCAAACUGAAGAAGCUCGCUCUGGCUGAGUUCAACGGCAACGACGGGACGGACGGGUUUGUGGAAGGCGUGUCAAAGCAAAGGGAAAAGAAGGCGACGCCGCGUCUCUUCUGCGACAUCUGCGACUGCUUCGACCUCCACGACACGGAGGACUGCCCCACCCAGGCCCAGAGCCCCGACUCCGUACCUCACACCGCCUACCACGGCAACCGGGCCGACGAGAGGCCCUACUGCGACAUCUGCGAGGCCUUCGGUCACGCCACCGAGUCCUGCAACGACGACCAGACCUUCUAGAAGCUCCAAAUGAAAAACCCUCUUCACCUGCAUCUUAACUCCUCCCCCUUUUCUCUUUAACUCACCUUUCACUCUCCCGCAGUCCAGCCCGACUCACCUCCCUCCAGAUUCUUCCAUAUUGUAUUUUUAUACUGUAUUUAUGCAUAUCACUGGUAGCCACCGUCCUGAUCCUACACCUUUAUCUUUAUCUGCAGCUCUUCUCUAUAAAGAAACUGUUCUGCAGAAUGCUCGUCCAAAUAUGCUGCUUCGGUGCAAUAUUGAUGUUUAUAACAAAAAAGGAAUCCGUCCUCUGCACUCGUCGUUUUUAACGUUUGUAUCUAAGAAUAAGAAUAAGUGUCGUUUUUUGGGGGCUUUUGUUUGUUAUUCAGCUAAAUAAUGAUGCAACUAAAUGAAGCACAGGUGAAACCGAAGGGAAGAUGAAGCUCCUCUCCGACUCUACAUUCCUGUUCUGUAUCGCAUUCCUCAAGUCUGUACGGCUGAAAACCAAUCAGAGAGAGUUAUACUGCCAUGUCAACGUUCUACUUUUUAAUGUUUGGGAAGGUAUUUCCUCCAGUGCAUCAACAUACGACGGAGUGUUAGGGCCACGAGAUUUAAAGAAGUAAGACGUUAAAUUUAUAGAGAACCUUUGACAAUUAAGAGGAAAAAAUCUGUAAUAUAUCGAGUAAAGAAAGUCAUAAUAUUUCCUCCAACAACAACAAAAGAAACAAAAUUCAGGAAUCACAGAU